AUGGUUAGUGAUGGAGGGACGAGAUUCUCAACCACCACAAACAAGGAUUGUGGUUCGUGCCAGAGCCAGCACAUUUAUCACUUCCUAAAUACCUCCACCUUCACCGAAUACACCGUCUUGGACUCGGGUUGCGUUCUCAAAAUCGAUCCUAAUGCUCCUCUCAAGCAAAUGAGCCUCUUGAGCUGUGGUGUAUCGACGGGUGUGGGAGCAGCUUGGAAUACUGCCAAAGUGAAAGAAGGAACAACCACUGCCGUCUUUGGGUUGGGUUCGGCUGGACUCGCUUUGCGGAAGGUGCAAGAGCAAGAGGAGCUUCUACGAUCAUUGGUGUUGAUGCUAAUGCUUCCAAGUUUGAGAAAGUGUUGGGGAUCGACAGUGCUAGUAGGAAUAUAUGCGACACCAAGAACAUUGCCUCUUCAUCCGAUGGAGCUUUUCGAUGGCCGCAAAAUUACCGGUUCUGUAUUUGGCGGUUUCAAGCCCAAAUCUCAACUACCAAGUUUUGCUCAACAAUGCAUGAAAGGGGUCUUAAUUUUAUUCCUCUAGAUUCUAUAUACAAACUUCUUUAACUCGACUUGCUUUUGCGUUUUGGUGGAGAUUGAUUGGAUUUUUUAAUUUGUAAGUUGUGAAAUUGGAACCUUUUAUCACCAAUGAGCUUCCAUUUGAGAAGAUAAACGAUGCGUUUCAGCUACUUCGCGAUGGAAAAUCUCUU